UGGGGCGUCACAUCAGUGAUAAUUAAGCAUAGUUUUAUCCUAAACAAUAUAGUCCAAUAUUGCUGGUGUAAAAUAAAUUAACCUAUUGAAACAAAUGACAAUUUGCAAUACCAAUCAUAAAUAAUUUACAAACAUAUAAGCUAAUUACAUAUUACAGGAACUCAAUAACAUUUAAGCAAUAAAAUCAACAUAUGUAUAGUUAGCCAUGCAUGUAGAACAGAGACAGGUGGUGUCACUGAAGCAUAACACACCUGCACAACCCCACCAUCACCGCGGUACACUAAUCAGCAAUGCAGUAACAUAGGAACUGUUGUUUGAUCAAUAUUGUUAUAAUCUAGCUUACCAUGUACACUUGUGUAUAACAUUAUUGUGUUGAAGAUGUCUGAAAUGGGUCUGGAGAAUGUGUUUUAUCUCGAAAGUUUUGAUUGCGCGGGCGACGAGGUGCUUGUGGAGUCUUCGCCGCCCGCCUCUCCCGUCAUGGCGGCACAGCUGGCACAACCCACACAGGGCACCAGCAGUAGUACAUCGCCGAGUGCCGUCCGGGAAUUAAUUGUGAUACCAGAGAUUAGCAACGGGAUAAAUUUGCAACAUGCAAUACAACAGGUGUCUACAUCAGGCGUGGAAGUAAACGGAGACAGUUCGGGACAUUCGAGCCCCAAUAACGAGACACAACAUACUUAUAUCGUAGCGAACAAUGUGAAAGAGGAGCCCAGUGAAGACUACAGCGGUGAAAGCUACGAUGAAUGUGAAGGCGGGAAUGGCGUAAACUAUCACGUACAAUAUGUGGAGCCGCAAGAGAUAUACGCACAAGGAUCGCAGCCGCAUAUGGAGACACUUCGAGCGUAUCCAGUAUUCGGAGUGGCGAAUGUCGAGACAGUGGGUGAAGGGAGCGCUGAUAAUGAAUGGGCGGGCGAAUUCUCGUUCACUGACAGCGCGGGAACCUCGGGCUCGAGCAAUGAGCAGCCCACGUCUCCUGCCCCACCUGCUCGAAUGCCGCCCGCCACUGUGCAGUGGCUGCUCGAUCACUACGAGACGGCUGAAGGUAAGGGCGUGUCUCUUCCCCGUUCGACUCUUUACGCGCAUUACUUACGGCACUGUACCACACACCGCCUCGAGCCAGUGAACGCGGCGUCGUUCGGCAAACUCAUACGUUCGGUGUUCGUUGGGCUGCGUACGCGCAGGCUGGGAACCCGUGGGAAUUCGAAGUACCAUUACUAUGGGAUACGGGCUAAGCCUACUGCGCCGAGGGACUCGCCCACGUUCCCUAAUAAGUUGGAUAUGGAUGAACAACAUGAGGAUGUGCGUCGUGAAGAUCAAGGUCCGGUGGGCAUAAGUGGGUCAGCUCACCGCCAGUACCUGGGAGCCGUGAUCCCACCGGACCCACCAGAUAUCUUCAUCGACGAUCUGCCUGAUGAUGUGCCGAUCAAUGCUGCACAGCUUUUGCAGAUUCAUCAUCGAGAGCAUGGCAUAGAGUUCCUAGAAGCCGUCGCGGCGUUGGACACGUCCGCCGUAGAGCGCGCUCGACGCAAUUUCUGGAAGCGUCCACCGGGCGAACUAUGCCGACGUGCUCUAUACAAAUUGGCCGCACGACGGGAUGUCGCUGUGUGGCUGAGGAAGGCCGAGUUGCAGUUGUACCAGAGAGCUGUGGAUCUGCUGUUGCCUGAUGUGUUGCGGCCUAUACCGUCGCAGUUGACUCAGGCGAUCCGUAACUUCGCUAAAAGCCUGGAAGGGGCUCUGGCGGGUGGGGGCAGUGGGGCCCCACCCUUAGCCCAACGGGCCCAGAGCUCAGCAGCGGCAGCCUUGGCCGGGGCUCUGAGGCGGUACACUUCGCUCAACCAUCUGGCGCAGGCCGCCAGGGCAGUGCUCACUAAUCAGCAUCAGAUACAACAGAUGGUGUCAGACCUGAGUCGCGUGGACUUCCGUGUGGUCCGAGAGCAAGCGGGCUGGGCCUGCGCCUGCGGCUCUACUCCAGCAGCUCACAAGCUGGAGGCUGACUUCAAGGCGACAUUGGGCCGCGGCGCAACCCUAGAGCAAUGGGCGUCGUGGCUCGAGGCGUGCGUCCGCGACGCCUUAGCGCCGCACGUCGGACGUCCGGACUACACGCCGCGCGCGAGGCGACUGCUGCUCGACUGGUCGUUUUACUCCUCGCUCGUUAUUCGCGAGUUGACGUUGAGGUUCACAGACGACGGUGUUGUUCGCAGAUCGGCAGCGUCCUUUGGCUCCUUCCACCUGAUCCGUCUGCUGUACGACGAGUACGUGGCCUUCCUCAUCGAGAAACGCGUGGCGGCCCAUCGCGGGGAGCCGCCUAUCGCGGUUAUGCAGCGGGCUUCGGACGACGACGACGAGUUGCCCGAAGAGGUGUCCCGCGAGGAGGAGCUGGAGGGGGAGGGGGAGUGGGAGUGGGGGGAGGAAGAGGAGGACGAAGAGGACGAGGGGGAGCCCAAGAGGGCGCGUCUCGAUGAAUAGCUAGGAUUUCCCGAUUUUCUUUGCUUGCCUAUUUUGUGAGCGAUAUGUGUAUUUGUGCAAUUUUCAGUUAGAACACAGAAAUUGUUUAAAAUUAUAUAAAUUUCAAUGUUCUUAAAGCAUUUCGACUAACGUUUCACAGAGUUGCUUUGAGAUACAUAUUUCUGCGUGUGAACCUUUUAAACGAAGGUUUUUUAACAUUAUUAAAAUCAAUUUUAAAAAGGCAUUAAAAUGGCCACCUUAUUAGGCACGAUAAUCGUUAUGAUAUAAAUAAAACACUUUGUUCGAUUCAUUUAGCCAAAAGAUUCGAAAAAAUUGUAGGUUUGUGUCCGUCAUACGAUGGCUUCACAUAUAUACAUAUUUAAUAAUUAUAUUGUUUGUGGGUAGUUAUAAAAUAUAAGAUUUCUAGUCGUCUACCUUUGCAGGUUUUGUAUAAAUCGUAUAUGUACGGGUAACUGCAAAAUUUGACAAAAAUAAGUUACUAUACGUAGAAUUUGUGUUUAGAUUUUCAUUAUUCGCUACUAGGAAUACUAUAACUAUUAAUGGGAAUGGAAGGUUAAUCUUGGUACCGCAAGUGUCAAGCGUGCUGAAAUUAUAAACUUAGUCACAAGUAUAAAGUGAGACACGAGUAUAAAGUGGGACAGGAGUAUAAUGUGAGACACGAGUAUAGAGUGAGGCACAAGUAUAAUGUGUCCUACGAGUAUAAUGUGUACCACGAGUAUAAAGUGGGACAGGAGUAUAAUGUGGACCAUAUAAAGUGAGUCACCAGUAUAAAGUGGGACAGGAGUAUAAUGUGAGACAAGAAGAAGAAAGAGUGCUGCAAGUAUUAAUCGAGUUCUUGGUAUAUAUACGUGUCGCAACUAUAAAGCGGGUCGUAAGUAUAAGGAGAGCUACGUGAUUUCAAAAACAUUGUUG